GAUCGACAGUUUCUCAGAAUUUCUGGUCCCAGUGGUCAAACUGGGGCUCCUGCACAGCAGCCUGUGAGGAGACAGGCGUACAAUUACGUCAUCGGACCUGCUCCACAGACAACCAGAACAAAGAGCAACUAUGUCCAGGUCCUGUGGAGGAGGGCAGGAUGUGCAAAGGCCCAGCUUGUAAACCAACUCCUGCAACCUCCAGCAAAUCACUGAAGAUUCCCAAGAAAAUUAAGGGGCAGGAGGAGACGCCUGGCUGUAAAAUGAGAUGUACAAUGGGUCGUGUAAAUGCAGAGUGCAGUCGAUGCAUGUGUGAAGAUCAUCUACUUUACGGUUCUGUACGUCUUGAAGAUGGCGCUCCUGCCUCUAAGGCAACUGUCCAGCUGUGGGGAGACUCUAAUCAAAUCCUGACAGUCUGUGAUGAAAAGGGAAAGUUCAGGAUUCCUGGUCUUUGCCCUGAUGGUAAAACGGUGUUAACAAUUAGGAAGGCUUAUUAUGGAACAAUGCUUCAUAUACUGAGCGUAACCAACAGCAAAAUGUCUACCGUUGAAGUGAAACUCAAGAGAUCUGAGAAACCAUAUAUCAGGAAGCACCCAUCAAACAAAGUCAGGCAUGAGGGGCAAAGUGUAAUGUUCUGCUGCAAAGUUCAGUGCAAUCCCCCACCAGACAAGUACUUCUGGUAUCAUAACAGCUCCCUGUUAGAUGUGAAGACACAUGGUUAUCACAGUUCUCUCGUGUUAAGGCACCUUCAGCCACAACAUGCUGGGCAAUACUGGUGUCGAGCUAGUAACAUUGCAGGCUCUGUUAAAUCCAAGCCAGCAACACUGACAGUGAUAGCUCUUGGUGCUCCUUCAUGCAAUCCCAAACCUGAGAGCCACUUAAUACGGCUUCCUUAUGACUGCUACCAGAAUCUGACUCAGUCAUUUUACUACAAUGUGGGAAAAUGUCCUGUUGCAGCAUGCAGUGGAGAGCAUGAUCCAGAGCCACGAUGCAAAGACACAGCAGCUUAUUGCUGUGGGACAGUGAAGCUAGAGGAAAGGAAGAUCUCCUGCACCAACUAUAUGCUUCCAAUCAAGGUGGUAAGCAGGUGUGGCUGCCAAAAGUGUGUUGAAACCAAGACAAUUGUCCGUGGCCAUGCACUAGCUGCUGAUAAUGGUGAAGCCAUGCGGUUUGGACUGAUUUUCAUGAGUGGAAAGAAGAUUAGUAUGACUGGGUACAGGGGAACAUUUUCCAUUCAGGUUCCUGCAGACAUCGAUCGGCUAGUACUUACCUUUGUAGAUCGGUAUGACAAGUUUGUGAACACAACAAAGAUUCUUCCCUUUAACAAAAAAGGUGGUUCUGUCUUUCAUGAGAUUAAACUUCUAAGGAAGAAGCCAGCAGUCACAUUGGAUUGUUCUGUCAGCAAUACCAUCCCACUGGGGGCAAUAGAAAGCCAAAGUCCCAUAGCGGAAUUGGAGAUUCCUCCCAACUCCUUCUAUAGACAGAAUGGAGAUAUUUACAAGGGGUUAGUCAAAGCCAGUGUAACAUUCCUAGAUCCAAGGGAUAUCUCUUUAGCUCCAGCAGCCCAGAGUGAUCUGAAUUUCAUUAAUGAAGAAGGUGACGUUCUUCCUUUGAGGACAUAUGGCAUGUUUUCUCUUGAUUUUAUAGAUGAAGCAACUAAGGAAAGCCUCAGUGCAGGACAAGUGAAGGUUUUUCUGGACUCUGCACAGGUUAAAAUGCCAGAACACUUGGAGAAAAUGAAGCUGUGGUCAAUGAACCCUGAAACGGGCUUCUGGGAAGAAGAAGGUGAUUUUACAUUUAUUAGAAGUCGACGAGGUAAGCGAGAAGAGAGAACCUUCCUGGUGGGCAAUAUGGAGAUUCGAGAGAGAAGACUUUUUAACCUUGAUGUCCCUGAAAGCAGAAGGUGCUAUGUGAAAGUUAGAACAUUUCGAAGUGACCGCUUUAUGCCAAGUGAUCAGAUGGAAGGUGUUGUUGUGUCACUUAUUAAUGUGGAACCCAUGUCAGGCUUUUCCUCUAAUCCCAGAGCUUGGGGUCGGUUUGACAGUGUCAUUACUGGUCCAAAUGGAGCUUGUUUGCCAGCUUUCUGCGAUGACCAGCAGCCAGAUGCCUAUUCCGCCUACGUGACAGCAACUCUAGGAGGAGAAGAACUUGAGGCAGUGGCAUCUUUCCCAGAAAUGAACUUAAAUACAAUAGGUGUUCAGCAGUCUUACCUCAAUAAGCUGCAGUACAGAAGAUCAGAUCAUGAAGAUGCCAACGUUAAAAAGACAGCUUUUAAAAUAAAUGUAGCCAAACCCACUCCCACUGUCCCAGAUGAAAUGAAUGGUCCUAUUUACCCUUAUGAAAACUUUAAAGAAUGUGAAGAGGCUUCAUUUAGUGCAGGCCAUUUCCGCUUUUACAGAGUCGAAGGAGACAGUUAUGUUUAUAACACUGUACCAUUUGAUGAGGAUGACCCAAUGAGUUGGACAGAAGAUUACCUUGCUUGGUGGCCAAGACCAUUGGAAUUUAGGGCUUGUUAUAUAAAGGUGAAACUCCGCAGCCCUCAAGAGAUCACAGUGAGAUCUCGAAACACAGGAGGAACUCAUCCUCAGACAGUUGGAGAAAUUUAUGGCAUUCGCGAUAUGCGAAGUACUCGUGCUCUGGACCAUUUGGGCAUCUCUGCAGUUUGCUUGGAAUUCAAGUGUAGUGGAAUGCUCUAUGACCAAGAACGCAUUGACCGCACAUUAGUGAAGAUUAUCCCUCAAAGUAACUGUUACAGAGAAAGUGUGAACAAUAUGUUACAGGAAUAUCUGGUCAACCACCUUCCUCUUGCUGUCAACAAUGACUCCAGUGAAUUUACCAUGUUGGCUCCACUCGAUCCCCUUGGCCACAAUUAUGGAAUCUACACAGUAACUGAUCAAGAUCCAAGGACAGCUAAAGAAAUAGCACUGGGGAGAUGUUUUGAUGGAAGUUCAGACAGCGUAUCCAGAGUCAUGAAGUCUAAUGUCGGUGUAGCCUUGACCUUUAAUUGUAAUGAGAAGCAGGAGAGUCAGCAGAGUAUGUUCCAAAGUCUGCAGAACUCCCCAGGAGACCCAGUGCUGAACAACAUGAGCAUGGGACGAAGAAAGAGAGGAAGAGGUCAGAGAGAUAUUUUGUUUGGUCUUCAUCUAUUCAAUAAAUACAGAAAGCAGAGAAUAGCUCCACCCAGAAAGCAAUGGCAGAAGAACCUGCAGUUCAGUGGCCUAGAUUAAACAAACCCUUCCCAACAAACAGCCUCACUUGAGAAACUUGAUUAGCCAGUUAUAAAAUCAACACUUCCGGAAGAAGGAAGUCAAUUCUGUUAAUCCAUUGAACUAGGAGAUUAUUCAUCUUUUCUUUUUGAAAUGCAUAAAUAAAAAUCCUAUUUAUUUCCAGUGGUAUUUCAAACCUACACUUUAUCAUUUGGGUCAAGGUUCUAGAGACAGAAGAUUUUGUGUCACUUAAGAGUCAUAGAGAUACGCAGCACAGAAACAGAGCCUUUGGUCCAACUCGUCCAUGCCGACCAGAUAUCCUAAAUAAAUCUAGUCCCAUUUGCCAGCA